GUCGCAACGCUUUGCUGCUAACAAAAUAAAUAAAAACCGCAUUUGACCCAUUCCGGCUCCCGUAGAGACUGUUGCGCACAGUUUGCAGUAACCUACAGCGACUGCACGAGACUUCCAAGAGACCUACCACAGCAGCACAUCUUCAUUCCGGCUCCAUCAUGGCAUCAACCUUGAUCUCGGUCCCGACCACAGCCUCGCGCUUCGCCCUGCUGCAGGUGGAUUCCGACUCGGACACCGACUCCGACACGGGAAAAGCCAAAUCCUCUCGAGAAACCGGCAAAUCCUCACGCGCAGGGAAAUCUGCCGGUGCCAAGAACAACCAGAACACUGACAAAAAGAAAGACAAGAAGAAACGGAAGAAGGAGCAGCAGCAAAGUGAGACCAAUGAGCUCAGGAACCUUGCCUUUAAGAAGCUGCCUCAAAAAUCCUCGGCACCUCCAUCUACCUUGACGCUGCAGGGUUUAGCCAACGAGCUGCUUAAUUCCAGUGACCGCACGUCCGCUCCACAGGAAAGCUGGCAGGAGUGGAAACAGAGAGAUGAGCGGCUGACCAGCGAGUUGUACGAGGCAGACCUGGAAAAGGCAUUAAUGCUGAGUAAACUAGAGUUUGAGCAACAGAAAAAGGAUGCUGUGAGCGCUGAAACCGCAUCACCCAAAGCCAAAGGAGGAGGGAAGAAAGAGAAGAAAAAGAACCAGCAGGGGAAAGACAAACGCAUCACAGUGUCUCUGAAAGACUUUCAGCAGGAGGGAAACAUGGAUCCACCGAGUAAGAGGCCAGACAGAGAGGAGCCUAAACCCGGAAACACAGCGGCGCACGAAAAGAGAUUCUUUAACCAACUAGAGGACGACGUAACCCGAAUAGUACAGAGGGACAAGCGUCGAGAGCAGUACAGCUGUAGCGCAGGUCAAGAGGUUAACACCUCCUCUGAACAAGAACAGGAUGUAAGAACUGAACAGUUAAAGUUUGAGCUGGAAAAGAAAGACCAGGAAAUAGAAAAAUUGAAGAAGACCAUUUCUCAGUGGGAGGAGAGAUAUAAAGAAGUGAAGGCAAGAAAUGCCCAGUUACUCAAAAUGCUUCAACAAGGCGAGAUGAAAGACAAAGCGGAAAUCUUGCAGCAAGUAGAGGAGCUUCUGAAUAUCAAAGAGGAGCUGACAAAACAGGUGACGUUACUGCAUACGUCAUUAGAACAAGAGAGGUCAAAGGUGAAGGGAUUACAGUCGGAACAACCGAAACAUCAAACCAACCGGAAGGGCAAGAAAGGAUCAGAGGGAGAUUUAUGAAGAUGGACAUUAUGAACAGUUUUAUUCUCCAGCUAACACACACCCCACUUGUUCAGCUCAGCUCAUCUCGCACACACAUACAUACAUCUUCCUGUCUCUCCAUGACUGUAGUCUUAUUUGCUUCAUAACGAUUAUGUGGGUUGCCUUUGUGCUGCUAGGUUUAGAAAUCAUCCAGAAACUUCUGUAUUUUGUUCUUUUCUUUUGAAAGAAGGAUUCAGUAUUUGCUUGGUAUUUUGAGUGAUGUGCAGUGGCUGGUGGAUAUGAUGUGAUUUAACCAGGGUUUGAGUUUCCCAGAAGCAUUACGAACUGCUGACAUUCACUUUAUGCUAUUAUAAAUGCUGUCACUGAGCAAGAUUUAUAUUGUUGAUAAAAGCUGGACCCAGGAUCCAUCCUGAGCCACAAACAGGACUAAAUCAGUAUAAAUGAGCAACUUCUACUAACACAAUUUAGUGUCUUGUGUCAUUUUGUCUGGAAUGGUCUGCCAGCUGCUGCUGAUAAAAAGUGCCAGGGCAUUUCAUCCACAAAGUGAACCAUCCACUUUACUCUGUACUUCACUAAGAGUGGAAGGGUGUACUUUUAAGUUCUUUUUAAUAAAGACGCCAAUCUACUUUUUCAAAGAAUAAA